AUGGCUACUGUGGCCGAUGAGAUGAAGCCCCUGGACAUGGCCCUGAACUCCUUCGAUGACCAGUACCGGGGCUGUGGCCCUGACAUGAUUGCUGCAUUGCCGGUCCUCAACCGCUCCGAGUCUGAGCAGAACAAGAAGUUUGCUGAGGUCUGGGCAAAGGCUACAGCUGAGUGGCAGAGGCAGGGACCCCCUGAGUCCCCUCUGUCCCCAGACCGGGUCAUGGCCACCAUGGCCUUCACAAUGGAUGGCCUCCACAGCGUGUUCAAUGAUGCCGUGCGCGUGGCCGGGCGUUCCCACCAGGAAUACCGGGACAACUUCCACUUCAAAACGCUGCAUUUCCUGCUGACGCAGGCCCUGGCAGCAACGAGAGUCAGUCUUCAAGGGCAGUGUUAUGACAUGGUCCAGCACGUGUGUGGGAUCUGGUUCAAAGCACAUCAUGGUGCUAUAGUCCGGUUUGGUCACUUCACGCCAAUAUGGAUGGGAGAUGAGCCUGCACAGUGCUCUGGGAAGGAGACGGAGUUCCAGGUGCACACAUGCGAGGGCGCGAGUGUCGGCAUAAAAAUCGUAGAUUCCCCAAUUCAGUUCAUUCGGAUCCCACCGUUUGAGACCUUUGAGGUCAUCCAAGUCACCCAGAUAGGGGACAAGGCAAAAAUCCAGCUCCGCUCCACCGGGACGUACAGCAAAUACAACUGCGAGUGGCUGCAAGGUGAUGGCACAGGGGACAGCCUGGGGUGA